AUGAACCUAAGCUUCUUCGACCAAUUCUCAAGCCCAUCUCUCCUAGGAAUCCCACUCAUUCUUAUCUCAAUAACAUUCCCAGCCCUACUAAUUCCCUCCAUGGACAACCGAUGAAUCACCAACCGACUCUCAACCCUCCAACUAUGAUUCAUUAACCUAGUCACAAAACAAUUAAUAAUACCACUAGACAAGAAAGGACACAAAUGAGCCCUAAUCCUCACAUCCCUAAUAAUCUUCCUUCUACUCAUCAAUCUCCUAGGUCUCCUACCAUACACAUUCACCCCAACCACCCAACUAUCCAUAAACUUAGCACUAGCCUUCCCCCUAUGACUCGCCACCCUACUAACAGGGCUACGAAACCAACCUUCCGUAUCACUAGGUCACCUUCUUCCAGAAGGCACCCCAACCCCACUAAUCCCAGCCCUAAUCCUAAUCGAGACAACAAGCCUACUAAUCCGCCCACUAGCCCUAGGCGUACGCUUAACAGCUAACUUAACAGCAGGACACCUGCUCAUCCAACUCAUCUCUACCGCCACAACAGCCCUAUUCACCACAAUACCAAUAGUCUCACUCUUAACUCUAUUAAUCCUUCUAUUAUUAACCAUCCUAGAGGUAGCAGUAGCAAUAAUCCAAGCCUACGUCUUUGUACUUCUACUGAGCCUGUACCUACAAGAAAACAUCUAA